GAGUCGGUACGGAUGACCCCGAGGCAAUGUUUUUUGCAACAGAAGUGAAGAAAUCACUAGCGUAACGUCACAAAUGUGAUUUCCUAUGUUUCACAGGAUACAAAAUUACGGCUUUUGUUCGGUUACAAGGUUGACAUAUCGAAACCGGGAGGUGUAGUAGGCUUGAUCUUCCAACUGUUAUUAUUUACCGACGACAGUGCACAACUGGAUAACCUGUUUUUGAUUCUGUGAUUGUGUUACGGGCCGCUAAGACUACAUUUACUCUUUUGCAACGACUACGAUGUCCAAAACAAGUUUUUGUGUACAAAAACAAUGGACCAUAGGGAUAACACUGGUUUUCGUCUUGAGCUUUAUCUCUUUUAAAGUGGAAAGCCAGUCUUGCCAUGGAGCAUAUGAUCUUUACUUUGUGUUGGAUAGGUCGGGGAGUGUUGGACAAGACUGGAGAGAGAUUUACCUCUUCGUUAAGAACCUCACUGAGCGGUUUGUGAGCCCUAGCUUGAGAGUAUCCUUCAUUGUAUUCUCAUCUCAGGCCGAGGUCAUGCUACCUCUAACUGGAGACAGUUAUCAAAUUGAAGAGGGUCUGAAGCGACUAAGCGAAGUGAAACCAGCCGGUGAUACCUACAUGCACGAAGGAUUCAAAAUGGCUACAGGACAGAUGAAGGCCCAGACCCAGAAGUCCUCCAGUAUCAUAGUGGCUCUGACGGACGGGAAGCUCAGUCCUUUCAUUCUGGAGCUCACAACAAAGGAGGCUAACGAAGCAAGAAUGCAAGGCGCUCGGGUAUACUGCGUUGGCAUCAAGGACUUUGAUGAAAGUCAGCUGGCGGACGUUGCAGACUCCAGGGCCUAUGUGUUUGCAGUGCACGGAGGCUUCAAGGCCCUCAAAGACAUUGUCACUUCAAUCCUGAAGAAAUCAUGCACAGAGAUCCUCAGCGUUGAGCCCUCCAGUGUGUGUGCCAACCAGUCCUUUGACAUCGUAGUGAGGGGGAAUGGCUUCACGCUGGGCCGAGCCAAGGAUGGAGCCCGGUGCCGCUUCAAGGUCAAAGGCAACACUUAUGAUGAGGUGCCCAGUGUGGUGAGAGAUGAUUACGUGCUCUGUCCAGCGCCGAUGCUACAGGAAGUGGGAGAGUCCAUGGAAAUCCUUAUCAGCCUCAAUGGCGGCAAGUCCUUCAUCUCCAGUGCCUUCACCAUCUAUGUCACCACCUGUUCGAGUGGUUGGGUGGUGUUUAUUGUGUUCCUGGUGCUGCUGCUGCUGGCUGCCCUGGCCUUCAUGUGGUGGUUCUGGCCGCUCUGCUGCACCGUGGUCAUCAAAGAUCCCCCGCCUCGACCAGCCCCUCCUCCUCCACCUCCACCAGAGGAGGACCUCUCACCCAAGAAGAAGUGGCCGACUGUGGACGCCUCCUACUAUGGAGGCAGAGGUGCCGGGGGCAUCAAACGCAUGGAGGUACGCUGGGGUGAGAAAGGUUCCACAGAAGAGGGGGCUCGGCUGGAGAUGGCCAAGAAUGCGGUGGUGACGGUGAAUGAGGAGGCGGAGGAGCCCAUGAUGAAAAAGCCGAAAAGGCCUCCAACCUCCCCCCACACAGAGUCCAAAUGGUACACGCCAAUCAAGGGUCGUCUGGAUGCACUAUGGGCUCUACUUAAGCGACAGUAUGACCGAGUGUCCCUGAUGAGGCCCACGUCUGCUGAAAAGGGACGUUGUAUGAAAUUCAACCGGGUCCCACAUUAGAAGAAGAUUUUGUGCAUCCACACACUCACAGUGAGCAGGAAGAUGGAAUGAGGAGGAAUAGGAGGUUUCUGAAGACUUUGUGGUUCAUUCAAUCACCACUGUACUUUAACUUCUGUCCAAAUUGUGCACAACGUGGACUCUUUCAACCUCAAUCUGUGUGCCUUGGUUGUGUUCUAAUGUAGUCAUAUGCUCCAAAUCAUUGUAAAAAAAGAAAAAGAAAAAAAGCAGAAACAGCUUUACAAGGGUGGGUUCUUUUUUAUAUGUAUAUUUUAUUUUUAUUUUUUUUACUUUUCCCUGAAGAUUACCCAAGUGCAUUAUUGUGCCGGAUCCGGUUAGCUUUUUGUGCGCAGUGAUGGCUUAACAUAUUCCGACCAUAUUGCUCCUUCUGUGGAAAAAAAACUAAUUUUAUGGACACAGACGGAAGCUAUUUGGAAAAAAAAGAGAGAGAGAAACUGAGAAGAGGAACAAGAGAGAGGGAAAGAGAGAGGGGGGGAGAGAGAGAGCAAGAGAGGCUGUUUGCCGUUGGCGUGGAGGGAGAGUUAAUCCCAGUGGGGCUGGCGAGUGAGAGCAGAAGUCCAGUGCCUCUUGGCUACAUGUCUUCACACAAUCCCUCCUCUCCAAGCGCAGUCCGUCUCACUGCCUACUGCCCGCUGGCCCGCCGGCCUGGACGCCUGUUUGCCUGGCGGGAGGCCUGUGACUGCCGAUCUUGUCAUUUUAACACUGAGAAGUGCACACGCAUGACAAACUGGAGGAGUGGACGCCCCCAAGGUAGUGGCAGCAGUGGGACUUAAGCC